UUCAGCUCAAAGCCCGCACACACGAUUUUGUGCGAGUCGACUUAUCAGCAUCUGAAAACAUACAAACAGCAUGUUGUGAAUAUGAAUAUUGUUGAGAAGACUUUGCAGUGACAUGUUGAAGCAAGAAGACACGCUUCAGAUGAGAUCUCGAUUGGGACUUUACACACCGAGAGCAAGAGCUGUAACAUCUAUCCUGAAGCUUGACGUGAAGGGCAGCUUCGAGCGCAAGACACGCUUCUUUUGUGACGAUCUGUCGCUGGUGAAAAGCUGAAGUUGUAGCGUCGGCUGUCCUGCAAUCUGAUCCCACAUGUACGCGCUCUCCUGUAAUUAUAAGAGGAGAGAUUUGUCAUUAAGUCUAAAUACGGAGAGCGGGAGAAGGGUGCAGCAACAGCCUCUGAGGAUACGAGAAGCGCUCAUGGACCCUCAGGGAGGACACUAUCUCAACAAAGCGGCGAUUCUGUCCGGACUGGGAGUCGCCCGCAUGUGCCAGCUCCUGUUGGGCUGCACCACCGUGGCCCUGGUAGCCCACGGCGCUGGCUUCAGUGCCACCUACGGCACCUACUGCAUGUUUGUGUGGUGCUUUUGCUUCGCCGUGUCUCUGGUGAUCUUCAUGCUGGACGUGACCAGACUCCACAGCUGUAUGCCCAUCUCCUGGGACAACUUCACGGUGGCCUUCGCCAUGCUGGCCACGCUCAUGUACGUCACCGCGUCCGUGGUGUACCCUGUCUACUUCCUGGCGUCCGAGUGUCCAUCCGAGGGCUGCGAGGUGCGUAACUACCGCAUCGCCGUCACGGCGUGCUCCGGUGUCUGCUGCUUCGCUUACGGUGUGGAGGUCUUUGUCACGCAGGCCAAGCCAGGCCACGUGGUGGGCUACAUGGCCACCGUGUCAGGUCUGCUGAAAGUGGUUCAGGCGUUCGUGGCCUGCAUCAUCUUUGGCGCUUUGGCCAACGACAGCCAAUACAACCGCCACGUCCCCACUCAAUACUGCGUGGUGGUCUACAGCCUGUGCUUUGCCGUGACGGUCGUCGUGGUCGCCCUCACUGUUUCGGGGAGAACAUCUGCCCUUCACUUCCCGUUCGACCGUUUUGUGGUGGUCUACACUUUCCUGGCAGUGCUCUUGUACCUGAGCGCUGCGGUGGUCUGGCCUGUUUUUAGUUUCGAUAAGAAGUACGGUACACCAGGCAGGCCAAAAGACUGUACGCAAGGAAAGUGUCCGUGGGACAGCAAGCUGGUGAUCGUCGUGUUCACUUUUGUCAACCUGGUGCUGUACUUCACCGAUCUGGUGUACUCGCAAAGGAUACGAUUCGUCUCGCAUUCAGUGGCAUAACAAACAGCACUGAAAACACACAGCCGUUGAUUUUUGACUUUGUUGUCAUCAUGUGCCAAUGAAAUGCAACCGAUGGACAUUCAGAUUCAUAAGAAGUGAAAUCGGAGAGAAACUGAACGUGUUUUAUAUGAGUGUAAACAGUUUGUCGAGGCAUUCGAAUUAUUUCAUUAUUGCUUUGAGAUCGCUUGCAUUUGAAAAUGAUUUUUUUACUAUGGUCUUCCUUUAUUUGCAACGAUCUAUGAAUUUAUUUAUCCAAACGCCCCAUAAAUAUGAGGGGAAAUCUGUAUAUGUUCAUGUCUGUCCAUGAAGAGAAAAACAAAUAAAUUAUUGCAGAAGGUUUACACAGGGCCUAAGAGUAUUUGAGAAAAUGUCUUGAAAAUAAA